UAAAUAAGAAAAGAACGAACGAUUUUUGGGUUCGAAAAAGAUAAACUUAUUUGAUGACGUUUUCUGGCAGAUAAGAAUUGUCCUAGGUCACAAUGUCUGCUUGUAUAUAUACGCUUGCGAUGAACUGAGGACACGAAUGGACACUUUUUGCUGAUUGGAACACGGCCUAUAUCAAUACACAAUGCGUCUCUUGACGUUCCUUUCCGCGUUGGCGUUAAGCUCCGGACACGAGUUGCGAAUCCACAACAGAUGUGGUUACGAAGUCUGGGUCGGUCUCCUAGGCAACCCGACGCCGGACGGAGGUGGCUACGCCCUCCAAUCUGGGCAGAGUCGCACAUCUAAUGUUCCAAACCACUGGUCGGGUCGAGUAUGGGGACGCACGCAUUGUUCCGGAAAUCACUGCCAGACUGGCGACUGUGGGCAUGGUCCCCAAUGCAAUGGCGCCGGUGGGGCUCCGCCAGCCACUCUCGCAGAGAUCACGUUCGAUACUGGUGGAGCUCAGACUCAGGAUUUCUAUGACAUCAGCUUGGUUGACGGUUACAAUCUACAGAUGUCCAUGCAGCCCGUAGCAGGAACUUAUGCGUCUGGCAGCGGUCACUAUUACUGCGCCAGGGCCGGAUGUAACUCAGACCUCAACAGGAUUUGUCCGUCAGAACUCCAGGUUCAUGGUUCUGGAGGCGUGAUAGCCUGCAAGAGCGCAUGCGCGGCCUUCAACCGGGAUGACUACUGCUGUCGAGGUGCUCACAAUGUCCCCGCUACGUGUCCUCCGUUCCAUUACUCGCAGAUCUUCAAGCAGGCCUGCCCUGAUGCUUACAGUUACGCGUAUGACGAUCAGUCGAGCACGUUCACUUGCAACGGACGAGGUCCAGGACAAACCCACUAUGACAUCACCUUCUGUGGAUGAACGAACAUUUAGAAUGAUAAUCCACAUGAAACAUGUUGUACUGAACUAUGUUUUUUUAUUGAAAGAAAUGACAUAGUCGGAGUCUC